UCCCGCUCCGCAGCGCCGGUGUCAGGAAACCGGCGCCGGGGCAGACCCGGACCCAGGCCGCUGGCACCCAGAAGAGGGAAGUGGGGCCGGCGGCCCCGCCCCGCGCCUCCUGCCCCUCUCAGCAGCCCCGCAGCAGUUCCUCUUCGCCCCAGUCGCCUCUGCGCGGAGGCCGAGGCCCGGGACUCCCGUGCUCGGUGCUCGCGGUUCCGUCCAGGGUGGCCGAUGGCCGUGCCCGCGGCCUGGGCGCUGCUGCCGCUGCUGCAGGCGCUGGCCGGCCGCGGCCUGGCCUGCAUCGUGCUCUCCGGCGAGGUGGACUGGGCCGAGGAGGUCGGCGCCACGUGCCUGAACCUGAGCGGCCUUGGCGUGCGGCUGCCCCGGGACCGGCCCCUGCGGGCGCCGCGCCUGCGGGUCCUGGACCUGUCCCACAACGGGCUGCGCGAGCUCCCGCCCGCCUUCUUCGCCGAGCUGGACGAGCUGCGGAGCCUGGACGCGGCCGGGAACCCGCUGGUGCGCGUGGCCGCCGCGCUGGCCGCCCGCUGCGGCCUCGAGCUGCGCGCGGACUGCGGCUGCGCCCUGGCCGCCUGGCACCGGGCCCGGCGCGACAACUGCUCGGACCCGGGGCCCCUGCAGUGCGUGCUCGCGGCCACCGGCGCCGCCCAGAACCUGUCCGCCUUCCUGGAGGCCCGCUGCGCCCCGGGCCCGGCCCCCGCCACCAUCGCCGCGGCCGCGGCCGGCGGCCUGGUCUUCCUCGGGCUACUCGCCGCGGGCUCCGUGCUGGCCUGCAGACUCUGGGGCCCGCGGGGGCCCGCGGGCCGGGGCAAGGGCCAGGGCGCUCAGGACCGGGCCGGGCCGGGCUCACAGCCGCGGUACAGCAGCCGGGACCCCCGCCCCGCGCCCCCCUCCUCCGCGCCCGACUAUGAGAACGUGUUCAUCGGCCAGGCAGCCUCGGAGCCUCAGUGGACUUCUCACGGGGCUUCUGAGGACUGCGACUUCUACGUGAACUACGAAGGCCCCAGCGCCGACGCCCAGGCCGUCUACUGCAACCUGGAGUCCCUGGGCCGGGCCCUGAGGGAUGAAGAGGAGUACGUGGCUCCCAGGCACUGAGCUCGUGGCCGCGGCCCUGCUGCCUGCGUGGGCCCCGGGGAGGGCCCGGCUGAGGGAGGCGGGGAACGGGGCGCGGCCCCGCGCGGCUGCGCAGCUGGACGGAGCUGCGGGCCCCGGCAGGGGACGGCACCCGGGAGGCACGGCCCGGUGUCCCACAGACCGAAGGGCGGCGCCUGCGCACAGCCCUGCGCCCCAGCCCCCGCACCCCGUCCCGGGUCAGUGAGGCCGGGCGCGGAGACCAUCUGUUUAGCUUCAACUUUAUUACAAGAAUAGAAAUAAAUAGACGUCCUGCGUGGACACUAAUAAAUUAGUAAUAAAUAGACAAAAAUC